AAACGUUCCUUUUUUGAAGUUAGUACUGAUAAGGUUGUUGCUAUAUUCACCUCCAUUUUGGCUAUAUCCACUCUAUUAAUGUUAAAUUGAUAAUUUUAACCUCAAAAAUCAAAAGAGAGAAUGCAAGGCCACUUUAAGUGCAAAAUUGUCCAUUUAAUACAAAAGCCCAAGUGCUGCCGCCAAGUGCUGAUCGAUUCAAGUGUGCUGCUUCCAAAGCUUGGUAAGCUUCAUAAAACCAAGGCUAAGGCUUUACGUGCUGUUAUUGCCAAAGAAAACAAAGCACGUAGAGCAUAUAUGAUGAGGGCAUCUAGCUUGGGUUCUUAUAGUGAUGAAAGCUGCUGGGAAGUUGAUUACACAUCAACAGAAACACAGGUCUCUUACCGGUUAGUUGUCCUUAGAAAUGAAAAGUGCCUGGGGCCACCCACCCUUGAUAUAAUUUGGGUGCCAGAGGAUGAGCUGGGAUUUAAUAUGGAUGCCUUGACCGCCCCCUCGAGUCUGUGGCUGUUGCAACAUUUCUUAACGGCCGUGUCAUCUGCAACUCACAUGAUUAUUGUGAUAUCGCCCAAAUUAUGUUUGCUCUGUGGCAAUGAGGUCAUGAAUGGACUUGUGACUGAUUUGAGACCAGCACUUGCCAGUAUUGCUCCAGAGAUUGUAGUUAAUCGGCCACGUAUGUGGGAGAAUUAUUUUUACAGGCAGCUUGUAGACUCAAAAAAGGUUGCUGUGGAGAUGAUGGAGAAGGAAUUAAUGUCUAUUUCCACCGACUCACAAAAGAAGAAGAAGAAGAAGAAGAAUAAGAAAGGAGAGGAAAAGAAGUCUGGUGCCUCUAGAGAAACAAUGGGUGAUGAGGCAGAUGAUGAGGCAGUGGGUAUGAAUCAUGGAGAAGAGGAAGAGGGAAAGGAGGAGGAGGAGGAAGAGGGAAAGGAGGAAGAGAGAGAAUUGGAAGAUAUUGUUGAGGAAGAUGAGGAGGAAGAGAGAGAGUUGGAAGAUAUUGUUGAGGAAGAUGAGGAAGAGAGAGCGCCAGUUGAUAUUAGUGCUGGGAGAGAGGGAACAGAGGUACCUUCAAAUACUGCAAGUUUUCCAAAGUUUGAUGAUGGUGAUGACAUUCCUUAUUACUCAAAGGAAUUUACUAUUAAGGAUUGGUUAGCAAAUCAUAAGAAGACCGAAGAUAGGUGGCUGGACAGAUACGCAAAGUGUGAUGAAAUAAUUCCAGGGUGGAGCUGUGAUCGCUUGAAGAGAGAAUCAUUGCGUAUCAUCCAGUCGCUUAUUAUUGCUGUUAUUGAUUUCCACAAGGAGCACGGUUGUCACGGCGAUUUGUCUGACAUGGACAAUUUUGUUAUUCGACAGUAUGUCGAUGAUUUUGCCGGUUCGAAAGUUGUUCGCUUUAGGACAAGGCUUAUAGGUGGAAUCAAGAAUGUUGAGGAUAAGAUGACUAUGAGAGAGGACAUGACGUGUGUUUUGAAGAUUUUUUGGGAAAUACUGGAAGGGAAGAAGAAGAUAAGUUCGGAGAUGUCAUGCUUGGACAAAAUGCUCUUUCAAUAUCCCGAGCCUUUGAAGUGGAAAACGCAUUUGUUGAGGAAUCAUCCGGCUCUCUGGGAUGGCAGGGAAAGAUCAGACUUCUUUGUACAACUUUACUUCCAGAUGGUGUCAAGUCCUGUAAGGCGUCAAAAUCUACUAUGGGCAUCCACUACUGGUAAAGUUGAAAUGAACUUGAGUUUUGCUAGGUUGACAUCAUCCAUCCCACGUGGCACAAUAUUUGAAAAGUGUAUGGACCAAAAUGCUGAGGAUCCAAGUAAAAAUGAAAAUAAUCUUACUAUGUUGAAAUUGGUGAGAUAUGUGCGAAAGGUUAUUCAUCACUUCAGAGAAAAGGAAGGAGGCAGUGACUUGGAUGUGCAAUAUGUGGAGGCUGCCUUAUCCACUGAAAUUUUCGUGAACCUUUUAAUUGCCAUCUACACGGGGAUGUUGAUUGCUCCUUCCAUUGAAGAGCUUGAGUGUGUUCUUGAGUUCAAGAAGUUCUAUGGUGGCAUUUGAGCAGUAGGAAACUGAUUGCAGGCAAUUUGGUAGUUCCUCACAGUCAGUUUCAAGAAUAAAAUCAUGCUGCCAGAUUGUAGUAGCCCAAGUGAUAUCAACAUGUGUUGAUUCAAGUUCUGCUUCAAAAGGUCCAGGACGGUAGUUGCUCCGGG